GGCAAGUGUCAACAUGGUGGAAAUACUCAGCGGGAUAUUUGACGAUUCGGCCAGUUCUGUGCUUGCCUUUCUAGCCGCUGGAACGGUGUUCAAAAUCGGGGCCUUUCUCUGGCUUCGUAAGAAAAAGGAUGAACGGUUUGUGCCCGUUGGGCAGGUCACUCAAAUUAACCUGUUCCCGGUGAAGUCGUGUAAAGGCAUUCCAAUCCGGUCGGCGAGGGCCACAGAGAUUGGGGUUCUUUACGAGGGGGUGCAGGACAGGUCAUUUUUGAUCAUAGGAGCAGAUCAUGUCUACAUCACCCAAAGACAGGAGCCCAGCAUGGCUCUGAUUGUGCCCAGUAUACAUGGCGAUAUGCUUCACCUGGAUGCCCCGGGAAUGCAAACCCUCAAAGUGCCAAAACAUUUACCUGUGCUCGACAGUAACCUGACUAAGUUUCAGGUAAAGCUUGACAUCCUAAAAGCAGUAGAUUGUGGCACUGAGGCGGCAGCCUGGGUCAGUAAAUAUUUGAAAAGACCAGGACUGAAACUUCUGUACUAUGCACCGGAGUUGCCCAAAAGAGAUCUGACUGUAGUGAAGAAAGCUUGGGAUACCAGAGCUAAAACUGGAGACAAGACUAACUUCUCUGAUUUCUGUGCCUACCUCCUGACGAGUGAGGAGUCCCUGGCGUCUGUUAAUUCACAACUGGAGGAGCCAGUUACAAUGUGGAGGUUCAGGUCAAACAUUAUCAUGAAAGGCUCCCCAGCUUUUGAAGAGGAGAAGUGGAUAGAGUUUCGUAUAGGAGGCGCAAGGUUUAGGGCUUUGGAUAUUUGUGCCAGGUGUGUCCUGACCACUGUUGACCCAGACAAAGGUGUUAAAGAUCCAAACAAAGAACCCCUGAAGACUAUGGAAAUAUACCACAGCUCUAAAGAGUACAACAAUAAGGCGUUGUUUGGACUGGAUGCUACAGUGGACUGGCCGGGGGACAUCCAUGUGGGAGACAUAGUGUAUGCCCUGAAGGCAUGACUGAAUCUUAAGCUCAGGGAGGGUGGGGUGCAUUGAAGCUGGAUGAGGCAUUUCCCAGCAUUACUCUGGUAGAAAUUUCAUGUAUGGAUCUGUUGGACUCAAUUUUUAUACCAUUUUAUCAACAUAAUUAUGUUUUCUUCAACUUACCCAAUACUACCUUGGAUGUUGACGCUGUGAUACUUGCUGGUUUUUUACGGUCAUUAAAUGUAUUUUUGGGUGCAUUUUUUGUUACCUUUUGCUACGUCUCAAACAGGGGCCAAUUCCACAAAGCUGUUUCGAAUAUA